AUGGCCUCUCCAUUAGCUGGUGAUAUGGUGACUUCUCCUUCUAUUGACUCGGUCGCUACUCAAUCUCUUGACAGUGUCGCCGACUUGCCAGACAAAAUCGUACAUCGCCCUCAGGGCGUAACGAAAAAGAAGUCAUUCAAUCUACUCGACUCCGAUAAUGAAGAAUCCGUCGCAAAUCCAUCUCCCACUCUCAAACAAUUUCGAUCAAAGACUCAAGGUGGCAGAUCUGAUAUGGGCAAGCUGCUCAGUGGUUUCAAGAAAUUCCAAAAGAACUUCUUCCAAGACAACAAUGACCUCUACCGCAAGCUUGCCGGAGGCCAAAACCCCAAAACUCUCUUGGUUGGAUGCUGUGACUCUCGAGUUGAUCCAGCCAUGAUUACAGGCUCUGACCCAGGUGACUUGUUUAUAAUCCGUAAUGUUGCCAAUCUCGUCGCUCCAUAUGCUCCUGAUGAUGGACAUCACGGUGUGUCCGCUGCUAUCGAAUAUGCGGUCAAAGUAUUGAAGGUGGAAAACAUUGUGGUACUUGGUCAUGUACAAUGUGGUGGUAUUCGUGCUCUGAUGUCUAUGAAGCCUGAAGAAGCUGAUACUACGGAAUUCAUUCAUCAUUGGAUGACAAUUGCGUGGCGUGCUCGUGAAAAAAUUGCCAAAAACUUUGCAAACAAGGAUUUGGAUACGCAAUGCACAUAUUGUGAGCAUGCAUCCAUCCUUGUUAGUUUAGAGAAUUUGGUAACGUAUCCUUUUAUAAAGGAACGUUUGAACUCUGGAGACCUUACAAUCAGCGGCUGGUACUUUGAUUUCAUCACAGGUCAAUUAAACGCCUACAAUCCAGAAUCAAAUGAGUUCGCUCCUCUGAACCCUGAUGACUACUCCCCCACAACCGAUGGAGAAAGUCGCAAGUCCCUGGAUGCUGGUCGAAACAGUAUCGACAGCGGCAAGGCACUCGACGGGCUCGCUCUGGCUGUUGCUGCCACCACUUUGGGCCCUUGA